AUUCUCUUGGAUGCCAUCACGAAUCUGGAGGCACCCGAGAAAGGUACACAAGGAAUCAAGCCAGAGAAGUCAAUGAUAAACGCACGGACAAGGCACGGAGACACGGCUUUGUGCUUCGCAGUUCGGUAUCAAAGAACGGAAGCAGUCGCCACCCUUCUUGCCCAUGAAACGGUACUCGUGGAUCAUCCGACAUCCAGUGGUCAAAACAAAAUAACACCUCUUAUGAUUGCCUGUAGCCUUGGAUUUCUGUCAAUUGCUGAACUUUUGAUCGAGCACGGCGCUCUCAUUAUGGCAAGAGACCUCAAGAAACGUACUGCUCUUUCGCAUGCUGUACUGAACGGGCAAGAGCAUUGUGCAGCUAUGCUAUUGGCAAAAGGCGCUGAUCUGCUUAAGGGCGACUCCUCUGGCAACACUCCAGCACAUUACGCUGCUGCGUAUGGAUGGCUAGAGUGCUUGAGGUUGUUGGCUAGUGUAGACCCUAGCUGUCUGAAGCAAGAGAACGACUGGAAGCUCACACCGCUAUCUAUCGCUUAUUUGAAAGGUUAG